AUGGUGUUUGUGCUGUUGGCAGUACUUAUUGGUGCAGCUUACGUGGGACUAGCCAGUGGCACACAAUACGGCGAUUACGCUGCAGCAAAAAUGCCUCAGUACGGCUCCGAAGAGUACCACGAACCGGCGCGAGAUCGUGCACCCAUUAAUGAUGAUUAUCAAGACCGGUCUCUAGAAGCACCUGCCUCUCCAGAUUACAAAUAUGAGGAAAGUUUGAAUUUAAGGUCAUUGAACUCGAAUAAUGAAGAAGAGAAACGUAAAUCUAAUAAAAGAACGUCUAGAUUUCAACGGCCAGAGGCCACAUUGCAUUCAAAAGCUGAUAAAGUUAAGCCGAAAGUUAAACAACCUUCGCCCAGACAGUCAAAAUGGCGAAAUUCCGAUAAAAGCGUCGAAAUUAAGAAAAUUCCUUUAAACAGUGGUCGGAUAAAAAGUAACGAUAUUAUUGAUAAAGAAGAUGACUACAUAAAUGAUGAACGAUACCAAGUACGUUUUGACGAUGAAAAGAGAUUUAGAAGCGUCGGUGAGAAAAUUGUAAGACGGAAACCACGAGAUCGGUCAAUUGCUAGUACUGAAAAUGAGACAGAUGACAUGGACGAUGAUGAUGAAGAUGAAGGAAAAGAACGUGAUGAGGCUAAGGAAGGGGAGUAUCCUGCCUCGGAAGACAAUCUUGUUCCUAAAGAGCAUUCCGGUCAAUCACUACUCGAAGCACAAGGUCAAAACGCAGUUAAACGUCCGACAUUGCAAGUUGAUGACGAUAUUAUCGCCCGCCUGGAAGCCAAUAAGCUAAACCAGAAAACACAAGAAGAUUACCAGGAUUAUUAUGAUAUGAAGCGAGUGAACAACAUUAAGAAAAAAAUUACUGUACUUUACCGACGAACGAAAGCGCGGGCGACGGGGUCGACAACGUCACGUCGGGUUCAAGUUUGGACUUACCGCCGGUCUUACGUACUGGACCGAUACGGCACUCCCACCAGCGAGGACGAAGACCUUCCUAUGAGAACAACUGCAAGGAUGAGAACCAAGAAGAGAAAUAAAACAAGGCAACCGAUAAAGUGGAGAAGUAAAACAGAUUUCAACACGGAAACAUUUCCUACUUUUAAAAUAGCAAUCAAGACCAAAUUCACGACUUCGUCAAUAUCAACGACAACGAUCACUACAGCAGAAACACCUACAGUAGAAUUGAAUGACAGCUCCUCAUCAGAACUAUCGCUGGCGGAGAAGUCCAGGUUGUCAAUUCUUAAGAAAGCAAUGCUGAAAGAGAGUCUAUUGGAUAAGAGUUCAACGGUAAAACCACCGGUGCUGAUGCAGGUGUCGCAGCAGAUGAACACAGUGGUGAUGGUGGAGCCAUCAAAGCCCAACGUGAAUAUGCAGCUGAUGGGUAACUUGGGGCGUUCCCUGUUCGACUCGCCAGCGCGCCUUGCCCGCGCCAAAAGGCUCAUGAGACGAAAGCUCGUGGCCGGCGCGCGCAGCAUCCAAGACCUGACAGACAAAUGGGACGAAAUGAUAUGCGACUAUAUCGACGUUUCGCAGCUAGAUAGCUCUACGAAGAAUACGACGGGCCUGCGACGCCGACGGCGUUGGCGGCUGCGAUUGCCGAGCGGGAGCUCCGUGCGAUAUUGGGUGCACACAGACAGCGCAAGGAAAUCCCUAACGUUGCCGCAGUCACUUUCCAGGGUCAAAAACGCACUGGCCCCCCAGCCCCCCCGUCGGCCCCCACCUUUCCCCCGGCCGCGGUCGACUCACGUUUGGACCAGCAAUGGAACGAAUUCC